AUGAUUCGUGAAAUUGGGCAUUUUGGGAAGCAUUUGAAAGCUCCUUCUUAUCAUGACAUUAGAGUACCACUCCUUCAAAAAGAAGUGGAGUUCACUAAUGAAUUAAUGAAGCCACUAAAGGAUCAAUGGGCAAGUUUUGGGUGUUCCUUAAUGUCAGAUGCUUGGACUGAUAGGAAACAAAGAAGCAUAAUCAACUUUUUGGUGAACUCCUCUUCUGGGACAAUGUUCUUAAGGUCGGUUGAUGCAUCUGAUUAUGUAAAGACCGGUGAAAAGAUAUUUGAGUUGCUGGAUUCUAUUGUGGAGGAGAUUGGAGAGGAAAAGGUUGUCCAAGUUAUAACGGACAACGGAAGUAAUUAUGUUCUUGCUGGUAGGUUGCUAGAGGAGAAAAGAAAAAAAAUUUAUUGGACUCCUUGUGCUGCACAUUGUAUAGAUUUGAUGUUAGAGGACAUUGGCAAGCUGCCCCAUAUAAAGAAGACCAUUCAGCGAGCUAUCUCUCUUGUUGGCUUCAUUUAUAGCCAUUCAAGCACUUUGAGCAUGUUGAGGUUCUUUAGUGAGGGGAGGGAAUUAGUCAGACAUGCAAUCACUCGAUUUGCCACAUCUUAUCUUUCCUUGGAGAGGAUUCAUCAAGAGAAAACUAAUCUUCAAAAGAUGUUUGUGUCAGAAGAGUGA